ACCCCCCCCUGUCUCUUCCAUCUCUCUCUUCCACUCUUGUCUCUGAAGCAACAUUACUCUUUCCCCCUGACACUCAUUAUGUCAGACAUCGCAAGUGUUUUAAUUUAAUGUUUGUGAACAUACCAUAAUGAUCUGAUCUGGAUAUUUAUUCAGAACUUUCUCGGGAGAUCACCAGUGAUUUCUCUGAUAGAAAACCAAAGAAAGCAAGAACCCAUUAAAGCCUUACUGUAUUUGUUUUGAUUUCUUUCUCCUGUCGUUGAUUCUUUGGGAGCAAUAGUAAGAAAGAGCCUCCCAUAGUUUCAGUUUUCAGCAAAAGAGAGGUGGAAAGAGAGAGAAUAAUGGUAGAAACGGCGAACCACAACCACCAGCCACCACCAUCCCAGAUAAGUCAGCGACCCCCGCUACCACUUGGAGCGGCCAGAGGCCCCCUCUUUCCUCCUGCUGAACAAUUCCACCAGCUUCAGUUCUGCAUCCACUCCAACCCUUCAUGGCCCCAAGCUAUUAUACUGGCUUUCCAACACUUCAUUGUUAUGCUUGGGACUACAGUUAUGAUUGCCACCAUGCUUGUGCCUCGGAUGGGUGGGAAUCCAGGUGAUAAAGCCCGCGUCAUUCAGUGUUUGCUCUUUACGUCCGGAGUGAAUACCCUGCUUCAAGCAUUGCUUGGAACAAGACUUCCCACAGUGAUGGGUCCAUCAUUUGCUUAUAUGAUAUCGGUAUUAUCGACCAUCAAUGAUUUCUCCAAUGGUAACUUCGCAACUGAGCAUGAGCGAUUCGUCCACACUAUGAGAGCCAUUCAAGGAUCCCUUAUUGUGUCUUCCUUUAUCAAUAUCUUCAUUGGAUUCAGUAGGGCAUGGGGACAUUUUACCAGGCUCUUCAGUCCUCUUGUUAUUGUGCCAGUGGUCUGUCUGGUCGGACUUGGUUUGUUUGGGAGGGGCUUCCCGCAGCUUGGCAAUUGUGUGGAGAUUGGCUUGCCCAUGCUAAUUUUAUUGGUCAUAGGCCAACAGUAUCUGAAGCGCAUCCACCCAAACCCAAUUGCCCAUUCCAUAGUUGAGAGGUUUGGGUUGCUUGUUUGCAUUGGUAUUGUCUGGGCUUUUGCUGCUAUCCUUACUGAAGCUGGUGCUUAUAACAACGUUCGUGACCAAACUCAACGUAGUUGUCGUACAGAUCGUGCCUACCUUGUGUCAUCUGCUCCAUGGAUCAAGAUCCCAUACCCUUUUCAGUGGGGUGGUCCCAUAUUCAGAGCAAGUCAUCUCUUUGGAACGAUGGGGGCUGCUCUUGUUUCAUCAGCAGAGUCUACUGGGGCAUUUUAUGCUGCAGCACGGCUUGCGGGGGCUACACCUCCUCCAGCACAUGUGCUUAGCAGAAGCAUUGGGCUGCAGGGUAUUGGCCAGCUGUUUGAUGGGAUAUUCGGAGCUCUUGUAGGCACUACUGCUUCCGUGGAAAAUGUUGGUCUUCUUGGACUAACUCAUAUAGGCAGCAGAAGAGUUGUGCAAAUAUCCACUGCUUUCAUGAUCUUCUUCUCUAUAUUCGGAAAGUUUGGGGCCUUCUUUGCCUCGAUUCCUUUGCCAAUAUUUGCUGCCAUAUACUGUGUCUUAUAUGGUAUUGUUGCUGCUAUUGGUGUUUCAUUUAUUCAAUUUACAAACAACAAUUCCAUGCGGAACAUCUACAUAUUGGGCCUUUCUCUGUUCCUCGGGAUAUCAAUACCUCAAUAUUUUGUCAUGCAUACUGAUUUGAUGACUGGCCAUGGACCUGUUAAAACCAAUGGCGGAUGGUUCAAUGACAUAUUGAAUACUAUAUUCUCUUCGCCUCCUAGUGUGGCAUUGAUAGUUGGUACACUGCUCGACAAUACACUGGAAGCGAAGCACACAGGUGCUGACAGAGGCCUCCCAUGGUGGGUUCCCUUUCAGAACAGGAAAGGAGAUAGCAGAAAUGAGGAGUUUUACAGUUUUCCUCAUAGGUUUAAUGAGUAUAUUCCCACCAGAUUUCUAUGGUGGGAAUAUACUCCUCGUUAAAUCUGGUGUAUUACUUAUUACUCGAAAAUUACAUGUUAUCCAAUGUAAGAUAGGGGGUCUCUUGAUCACUUCUUUCCUAGUUUUAGUCAUAAAAGAUGCCUAUCUUUGAAUUGAGAGUAUAGUCUUUGAAGCUGAUGGGUCUAGGAGAUGAAAUGUGGACUCUGACUGAGGAAUCGUUGUCGUGAACAUUUGACAAAUGUUAUGGGUGUAAUCAGCCGAGCUUUAUGUCUUGGCUAUCACUAUCAGGUGAGGAAUCCUUGUCAAUGUGGAAUAAUUAUAGUGGUGUUAAUUUAGCUAAGCUCGAGUCAAUUGUUGCUGGCCGGGUUUAGUAGUCGAAAUGGUUAAUAAAUAAAUUGGGUAUCAGAGAGCGGAGACUUGUUCAAGUAAAUUUGAUUUGUUUGUUAUACAAGAUAGAAGUUUAUUAUUUAUAGGAUCGAUCUUACUUUGCACCUUGAAUGAUACUUUGAUUUUUAAUUUAUACUUUCAAAUAUUAAAAUUUUUAAUUUGUACCCUCAAUGUUAU